AGCCAUUAGUAGUUUAAGUACUUUGAUUAUGAUAUUGGCAAACUGACAAGAGUUGCUCAUGAAGUUUCUGAAAUGUAAAGUAGACUAGGGCAAAUUGUUUUCAGAAAAUACAAACAUAUUGUUUAUUAGUGUAAACUUGAUUUGUUAUAUAAAACCCUGGACUUUGUCUUAUCUUUAUUUUCUGCGGUCAGUAAAUGGCUCAUUUUAGUUUAGUUAAAAUGUGAACAAUUGCUCAUUUAGAUAAGAUUUAAAAUAUAUUUAGAUGACAUGCUUGGUUGAUAUUAUCAGAAAAAAAUGUUCUUGUAAGUGGUUGUGCACUUUAAAGGAUUUGGAGGAUAAUAGAGAAAAAAGAAACGGAAUAUAGGAAAAAUCAGCCAAAGAAACCCUAUUCUGCAAAUUUCCAAAACAAUGGAGUCCAUAAAGAAGACACUCACUCAGUACCCAUCUAGUUUUAAUGUCGCAGAAACCAUGGCAGUAUUAAGACGUGAAGAAAUUGUAAAAAUAAAAAACAAGCUGAUAGCCGAAACGGAUUCUUCUGUGAACGAAUUCAGCACAAAUAUGGAGAAAAUACGUGUAAAAAACUUACUAUCUUAUCUGUACUACAAUCUCGGAGAACGAAACAAGGCUGCCGAAUAUAACCAAACUGUUUUGGAACUUAGCCCCAAUAACGUGAUUGCUUUGACCAAUAAAGCAUGGUUUUCACUGCGUGACAGAAAGAACGUGAUUGCCUGUCAGAAAGUAUGCGAACAUCUUAAAUCGUUAAGAUCUGACAGACUAACAAGUAUAGUUGCGAAAGCUGAAGUAGCUUUCACAUAUUCAAGAUUAGGAUUGAAGCAUUAUCAGAAGGCCGUUUCAGAAUUUGAAAACGUACUUCAGGAAUGCAAGAAAGUAAAUGAAGAAACAGAGACAGCUUCUAGUUCAGUUGAUUGUAGCACUCGCGAUAGAAUUCCAGCAGAGUAUAUAUGUGUAUGGAUGUACGGCCGUGCUCUUUGUCAACAGAGACUAUCGAAUUUCCAUAAUAUGUAUGAUGUCUGUAAAACUGAAAAGCUUAAGGAAAACUGCAAGCUAACAUUAGACUUAUUUAAAAGUAUCAUAGAGCUGAAUGAAUGUGAUAACGAAUGUAUUAAACGAUACAAAGCUAGAUCUUAUAUUGAAGUUGGUUUAACUGCGUAUGAUGUUAACAGGAAUAGGACUGUAUUCCCGCGAGGAAUGGCAAAUCUCUUGCCUGAACAUUCUCCACUUCUUAUGCAAACGGCAAAUUACUUUACAACAGCUCUUUGGUACUUUCCCGAAGAUGUUUUUGUUCUUGAGCGGAGUGGAAAGUACUUCCGGUAUGAAAACGAUGUCGAACAGUCAAUACAUUUGUUAAUUAAGGCUAUUCAAAUCAAGCCUACAUCGUUUGGAUACCACCAUCUAGCCAUAUCCUUCAUCAGGCUGCUUGAACAUAACAAAGGCGAAUUAGCAUAUCAAUUACAAUCCAUUCCUCUUGAACACGAUGCGGUUACCGACCAAAGUUUGGACAAAGCGACCACAGCAUUCGAUAUGUGGUCACAAACAAGCUACAGGACACGUGAGGCAAGUGACUAUCCUAAUGAAAAUUAUACACGAUUCAAUGAUCCUGCCAUCCCAAAUGAAAAGAUAAAAAGAAUUGUCACCAUGCCACAAGGUCAUGUUAAGGAAAGGAAACACGUUAUUCAUGACAGAUUUAUGGCAGCCCAGCCGGUGGAAAUGGAAAAGACAAAGAAAUAUUACAGGAAUCGUAGAUUUGGUUAUGACGUACCAAAUUCCCAAUUCAGGAAUAGAAAAGAUUUCAGAUAUUUCGAUGAUAAAUCCAAGAAUUCCGAUCAAUCAUUUAACGUUCCUUGUAAUAGCAGGACAGACGUUUACUCAACAAAACAACCGACCAAUGUGGAAAGACGUAACUUCCAUUACGCAAGUGUUGGGAAGUCAACAUUAAGCGGUCCUAGUGCACAAUUAGAAGAACCAGUGGUAGACGAACUAACUGGACUUCUUUCAAAAACUGUUCUUUACCAACGUAAAGACAAACAAACAAAUGCACCUUUAGCACAAGCAUACAGUAGACCACCUUCAAGGCGCGAUCCAAAAGCUGGUCACAAAUACACAGAUUUUGAAUUCCCGAAGCCAACGUACAGAUUCCCGAGGCAAGAAAGAGAAAACUUUAAAAGCUGCACUUCUGAACAUUUUCGGAGGAAUAAAAAGACUUUUCGUCCUAAUUUUUCAUACGUUAAAAGUAAACCAGGCAUUAAAUGUCCACGACAACCGAUACGAAUAAAUUAUGAGGAAAAUAAAGUUGUAGUUGAUACAAUCAUUGCACACCUUGACAAAGCGUCUGGAAUGUCGUCAAACAUUGUGGCAAUAUACGAUAAGGCACUGCUUUAUCGCCAGAUAGAACAAUCUGAAAAUGCACUGAACGUUUUAGAGCAUUUGAUGCAAAAUGAAAAUGAAUUCAGUUCAAACGUUAUGUUAGCAAACACAUACGAGCAGGCAGCUUUUUGUAUAAAUGAUAUAUUGUCCAAGACUGAUACUGAUGACAUGGAGAAAAGAGAACAAAUGCAGGUCGACAGAGACUUUUAUUUGAAAUCCUCCAUUGAAAUAUCAUGUAAUCUUGUAGAUAAGAUUCCGUUCCUUCACAAUUGUUGGAAAUCUGCUGCUACUUUGAGAAAUAUUUUAUUUGAUAACUUGAACAUAAAAAGAACGAAGAAGACUCUUCAAGAGCUCUGGUUUUUGUACAAUAAACUCCAUGAACAUUUUGAGGCUGUUGAAAUUCUGAAAGAAUUGCAGCGUUUAGCUGAGGACGAAGAAGAGAAAAUUGAAAUUAUUGAAGAUCUUAUUAAACAUCAUCUAUGUUUGCACAACUUUGAAGAAGCCGUUAUUACCAUUUGUAUGUGCAAGCAACUGAGAGAUGGUCAUACACCAAUAGAAAAUAGUUUGUUUGUUCAAGUCUAUAUCGAGGCUGGAUUAGAUGCUUUCAGAAAGAAGCAUUACGAUAAAGCUCGAAUGCGAAUAAGAGAGGUUUUCAAAGAACAGAAGCCAAUUCCUGUGAAUAAAGCCGCAGAUUUGACUGGUAACGACGAAAGGUUUGACCUUUUUAUUCUAUCAAACCUAGAUGACGAAGAAUGUGGACAAAAGCUUAUGGAAUUUCUCAACAACCUUGGACUUAAAACAACUUUUAAUACCGACAGCCCUUCCAUUAUUCCCGGCACGCCAGAAAUAAUAGGUAUGACAGAUAUAAUGUCCAAGUCAAAUUCAUUUGCGAUCCUUGUUGAUUUUGAUAUUAACGAUAGAAAAAUGCUGCAUAUAACAGAUAGAAUACAAAAGAUGGUAGAGGACAGAGAUGAAAGGACUUUCGUUGUUGUAAUAACUUUACCCGAGACAGUAGAAAUACCGCCCGCCUCAACUUACUCAACAUAUAAGAGGAUCUGCAUGGAUCUGAAUUUCAUCACAAAUGACCUACAUGAAAAUGAAGAAAAUGAAAAUAUUUUCUAUGAUAGUGUCAAAAGUUUAUUAACGUCGUUAGCAUCUGCAGACAGUGAUAUAUCGUAAAAUGUUGAUUGGAAUUUUCAAUUCUCUGAAUGCCGUUAAAUCUUGCCGCAAUAUGGGUGUGAGGCGAGGAAUUCCGGAAUUAAAUAGUACAGUGUCUGAGCAAAUCACUUUGAAAGUCUGUCACCAAUACAAAGGGGCAUUAGUUGGUACUACUAAGUGUUUGAAAAUUCUAUAUGAGAAUGCGUCUGUAAUUUCAAAAUAUUAUUCAAUCUUUACGAGGUACCACUGUACUUACAACGUUAGUAGUUUUAAACUUGGACUCUUCAGCUUAAGGAAUAUGUUACAUUCAACCAUGAUUUUGAUUAAAUGUGUUUGUUUUUGUUUGGUUUAACGUCGCACCGACACAAUUAUAGGUCAUAUGGCGUGCUUUAUUUUAUCACGGGAGGGCACCUGGGUAGAACCAUCGACCUUCUGUACGCCAUCUGAAUGGCUUCUUCACAUAAGGAAUUCAAUGCCCGAGUAAAGCUUAAACACACAUCGAUGAAGGACAAGUGAUUUGAAGCCAGCGACUUAACCGCCCGGCCACGGAGGCCCCAAUUGUGAUUAGAUAUAUAAAUUAUGUUCAAUGUUCAAUGUUGUUACUUUCAUUAUCUUGUUGGGGAGAUAAAUUUGAAAUAAAGUUGAAGUUACUGUAAUGAUAACAGAGAUUAUUGAAAAAUAUUGUUUUUAACCAAAUUUACAAAAACUUAUUUACAAUUAUUAAUUAUGUUCAAUGUUCAAUGUUGUUACUUUCAUUAUCUUGUUGGGGAGAUACAUUUGAAAUAAAGUUGAAGUUACUGUAAUGAUAACAGAGAUUAUUGAAAAAUAUUGUUUUUAACCAAAUUUACAAAAACUUAUUUACAAUUAUUUUGAUUUGAAACAAAUAUGUAAUAUGCAUGUGUUUACUUCCUGCCUGUGUGGUCUCUUUUACAUCAUAACAAAUCAGAGCUAGGCACUAAAUGUAUAGAAAAUAUGAUAAUCAGUAAUUGAUCUUUACUGCAACUGGAUAUAUAAUUGCUUAUAUUUUCGCGGUCAUAUAACUACACGAACUUGCAUGUUUCAUAAAAAAACAAAAUAAAGUACAUUUUGUAUCGAACUAUAAUGAGAAGUGCAUGAGUAAAACUUGCAAUUUGUAAAACUUACGUGGAUCAAGUGUUAAUGUUCGAGCUGGUCAAAAUGCUUCAAACGUGAGGACGGAGGAAGAGGAUACAGAUUUAUCUUAGUUACGCCUUUGGAUCUUUGUGUAAUAGGUAAUUUCAUUGCUUCAAAUGAUAUUUUAGUAUGUAUUUUUGUAAAUCAAUGUUGAAAAUAUAUCAUUUCGUUGCUUCAAAUUAAUGUUGCUUGUAAAUUAAUGUUGAAAUUUUUCUGUUUUGUUAACAAACAUUCAUUCAUAACCAACGCUUUAGGACCAUAAAACAAAUUUGUUUUUAAUGCUGAAAACCAGAUUAUGAGAAAAUAUGCGGCUAGUCGACAACGAAAGAUGCAGUACUAUUUGUAUUGAUCAGGAAUUACAAAAACUUGAAUAUAUUAAAUUCAGUUAUACUCUUGUAAAGGAUAUAUGAACGCUUCUGUGCAGCUUUACAUGUGUUUUUUUUUGUUAUUGUUGUGAACUGUUUGUUAAAAAUAACUGAUAUGCUAGAUUUAGUUUGUGUGAAAUGUUAUCAUAUGUUGUUAUAUUAUCAUAACAUAGGAUAAAUAUAGGAAUUCAUAGUUAAGAUACAUUUAUACAUAAAUAGCAUUGAUAAUUUAGGGUGAAAUCCAAGUUGUUGUAAACCAGAUAUCGUUUUCACAACAACUUGACUUAUAGCUAAAACAUCAGUAUCUACAGCACUGGAUAUCUGAAUGUAAUUGAUAUUCUAAACCAGCUGCUUAUAUAAAUUUCAUGUAUGCUCCCGCCUUUAAGAAAUAUCUUGACAUCAAUAUCAUACAGGUUUUUUAAAAGAUUAAGUGCAGACAUUUCACUUUUCCUUUGUGUAAUUCAAAUUGAAAUUGAAUAACGCUUUAUCCAUACUUGUUUAAUCCCUACUUGUUGAUUCCAUAUACCUAAGAGAAACUUAUAUUCUUAGAAAUACUAUGAAAAUCUCUGAAAGCAUUUUACAAAUUAUGAACUGGUGUCAUUUAGAAAUGAACAAAUAAAGAGUCAUAUUGCUAUUUUUUUUUAUAUAUUUACAUUCUCUUCUCUCUUUUCGUUUUAUUGAAAAGUAUGACGUAUAUUUUGUAUGAACAAACAAAAGAAAAACAAAGGAAAUGCGCCAAAAUAUGAUAACGCUGCUAAGAAAAGUGCCGAUGUUCUGACGACGUCCAUGUGUAGCCAGGGGUAAUGUUCCUUAGAUGAUAAAUUGUAUUGUAGGUAAAAGAGGCAUCAAUAUUAUCUGCAUUUAUAUAAGCGUCUUGUCUAAACGAGACUCAUAAUCAGUCUAUUGCAAAUAAAUAUUUAAAAUAUUGUAAAUAGCUUUUAUUUAGUUUCUUUUUUGUAUUAGUUGCUUUAAAUUCAAGGACAUGCAGGAAUUUGUGUAUACAUACGUAAAAUGUAGUCCUAACUGACACUAGUAUACAUAAAAUCUUUAUUCUUUUUUUAACAUACAUGUAUGUUAACAUGUUAAGUUAUGCAGUUGUGUUCAUUGUAACUUGUAUUGAUGCAUUGUCUGUUUGUCUAAAUUAUCAUAUUAAAGAAAUGAAUUUACAUAUAAUCUACUGAACAUUUAUUUAUAAUGUGUUUGAAUCAAGUGAUAACUGCAAAAUUAAAAUUAAUUUACUCUUAAGAAAAGUUGUCUUUCUUGUCUGUAAAAAUAUUUUACAUGAAUCACGAACGUACUAGAACAAAUAUGUUACAUUUUGUCAAAACUGAAACGCCAAUAAUCGAUGCAAUA